CCAAUGACUGUUCUCUAAGUGUGCGAAGCUCACCAAUCACGUUCGUGAAGAUUAGCUUUUUGAAAACGCUGGCGGCCGAGGAAGUUCUGGGUUACAAGAUUGAGGUUUUCACGCUGUAAAUUUAAUACUGUUUUUCCUUCACUACGAUGCAGAAUAAGGAAAAUUACGAGCCCAGAGGUCUUCAAAGACCAUUUGCCACACCGAACCUGUCAGGCCCUCAGCGAGUUGUGGUGAAGCAACGAGCAGACACAAUGAAAAAUACUGUCACAGGUCCUGCGAGAGAAUGCAUUGGCUCGUCCUCCAGCUCAGCUUCAAAGAAAAUUUCCAUUGAUGACUUUGACAUUGGUCGGCCACUUGGAAAGGGAAAAUUUGGAAAUGUCUAUCUUGCGAGAGUGAAGAAACUCCAAGCAAUUGUGGCACUGAAGGUGUUGUUCAAGUCUCAGAUGGAGAAAGAAGGUGUGGAGCAUCAACUCAGGAGAGAGAUUGAGAUUCAGGCCCAUCUCAAGCAUCCAAACAUCCUGCGCUUCUACAAUUACUUCCAUGACCGUAAGAGGGUGUUUUUAGUGCUUGAAUACGCCCCACGUGGUGAAAUGUACAAAGAGCUUCAGAGAUGUGGCAGAUUUGAUGAUCGGCGUACUGCCACGUACAUGGAGGAGAUAUCUGAUGCACUAAUGUAUUGCCAUGAGAAGAAAGUAAUUCAUCGUGACAUCAAGCCUGAGAAUCUUCUUCUCGGUUAUCGUGGAGAGCUGAAAAUUGCUGAUUUUGGUUGGUCAGUCCAUGCACCUUCUCUAAGACGUCGCACAAUGUGCGGGACACUGGACUACCUUCCUCCUGAGAUGAUUGAGGGACACACCCAUAGUGAGAAGGUGGACUUGUGGUGCAUUGGCGUCCUCUGCUACGAGUGUUUAGUUGGCAACCCACCGUUUGAAACAGCAAGCCACUCAGAAACGUACAAAAGGAUUAUGAAGGUGGACUUGAAGUUCCCUAAAGUUGUCUCUGAUGGUGCCCGAGACUUGAUCUCCAAGCUGCUUCGCCACAACCCCAUCGAUCGCCUCCCACUACAGAGUGUCAUCGACCACCAGUGGGUGCGUGCCAACUCUCACAGGCUCUUGCCUCCAACCUGCCCUGUCAAGAAAUCCUGAGCCUGCCCUAUGAUGGGUCUUUUUCCUUCCGCAAGAGACUGUGGCCCAAUAUUUUUUUGGUUUCACUGCCAUGGGCUUCAAACUGCCAUUAUACUGGCAACUUUAUACAUGAAAAGGGUUCAGAGUAUUAUGUCAUGCAUGACAAAGAUGAACAACAAAUUCUGAGAACCUGCAAAUGCAGAAAAUCUUUCACUUCUUUUGCUUUAAAAUGACUUCGGUUAAUCAGUUUUUGCUGUUUGUCUAUUCUCGCAUACCCUUUUUUUUUUUUUCUUUUUUCCCCCAAAUGUACAGUCCUUAUGUAUGUCCUUAUCUAUGUAUAGUGCCUUCUCUAGAAGUGUGUUUUGUUUUUGGUAAUUGUGAUUUCUUUACUUUUCAAAAUUGACACAGCUUUGUUUUGGAUUGCUGCCUCAGAUGGUGUUGACAUCAAAAUACUACUGUUAGACUGCCUCAUUUAUAUUCUUGAAUAGUUUGUGCCGAGGGGUUUGGGGCUUGUGCAGGAAAGCAUGUUUUAAUUUCCUUCAAGAUGUACUUUAACUUUCUAAUAAAUAUUGUA